AUGUCCAUCUUGCCUUCUCAUAAACUUGGUUCAGCAACAGAUUCAUCACCUCCUUUUCCAAUCUCUUCUCCCCAAGAUAACCAUGGCUUCCUCCCCGAGAAUCGCCGCCAACAACCACGGUGGCGCCACCAAUCCCCUCCAGCUUCCGCCGCUGCUUCUUCUCCCAGUUCCGACGAUUCUUCAGGAUCUCUAUCCACCCCAGCAGAUCAUGAUGGAUCUCCCACCACAAAGGUAAAUGAACAGAACAAACCACAACCUGACCGCAGUUCAGUGUCCGAUAAAUGUAAGGGCUUCGAUUAUGGAAUUGCUGAUCAAGCGGAAUCCAGAUCACCAAAAUCAUCUGUUACCCCUAACACGGGUCAGGUUUCUGCUUCUCGAGGUGGUUUUGCGAGUUCAUCUGGAAGGAAAUCACCGGUGGUUAGUGGUAACCAUUUGCUGAAUUUUCAUUAUGAUUCCAUUUCGCGGUCACACCCUCGGUAUUGGGUCCCACCUCCCAGAAGACAGCAGAGAAGGAAGCCAUACAACAAAGAUUUGUUUAUUCAAGCAAAUUAUAAGUUUGUCAUGUUGGAUUCAGGUAACUAUGAGCCUGAAAUGAUGGAUCCAGACAAAAUGUUACAGUGGGAGGACAUUAUAUGUCUCAAGUACUGUGCGCCAGUCCGAGUACAGUGUCCAAUAUGUUUGGACUACCCUCUCUGUCCACAGAUAACAUCAUGCGGUCACAUCUAUUGUUUUCCAUGUGUUUUACAGUAUUUGAUGUUGGGGGCAGAUGAUGAUCAUAAAGCUGAAUACAUCAAGAAGUGUCCGUUAUGUUUUAUGAUGAUAUCUUCAAAAGAUCUCUUUACCAUCCAUAUUGAGAAUGUGAAGAAAUACAAUGUUGGUGAUGCUAUAGAAUUUUGGCUGUUAACCCGUCAUAAAGAGUCUUUUGUUUUAUCGCUGAAAAAUAAUGAAGGGUUAAUUGCAUUUGAUGAAGUUCAUCGAGAUUCCUUCUCUAAGUUUACAUUUACUUCCGACGUCAGUGUGUCUGUUAGGGAAGCAAUGUCUGAUCUGGAUAGUUGGUUAGCAAGGGCAGAUUCAGGCCUAGUUGAUGAUUUGGAGAAACUUCCGUAUGUCUGUGCUGCAAUUAGGCUUUUGGAGCAGCGAACAAAAUAUUGGAAAGAGCGUUGUCAGCUUUCUGACGGCCGCAUGGCUUGUGGACUGCUCCAUUCUCCUUCACUGACAUUUUCUGGGCCGGGUAACACUGCCAGACCUUCUAGCCAUUUGCCCUCUAAAUCAACUAGCUUGACUGAAUCUUCUGGUGUACCGGAAUCAUUGGAUGAUGACUACAGUGAAGUUGAAGUCCAGCGGGCUUUAGUUGAAGAAAAUUAUAAGAGUCCACAAACACAAGUUGUUGAUGGUUCCAAUGAUGCAAAGACCAGAGAUUCAUACCAUUUUUACCAGGCAGUUGAUGGGCAGAAUAUUAUCCUUCAUCCGUUAAACAUGAAGUGCCUGUUAAACCAUUAUGGGAGCUACGACAGGCUUCCAAAUAGGAUUACUGGUAAGAUAUUGCAACUAGAAUCUGUGACACAGUCAGAAGCAAUGAGAAAAAGAUAUCGCUAUCUAAGUCAUUUUUCUUUGACAGCUACGUUUCAGUUCUGUGAGAUUGAUCUUACUGAGGUGCUGCCUGCUGGUGCUCUUUUACCCUUCAUGGAUGAAAUCAUCAAAAGGGAAAAGCAAAGGAAGAGGCUUGCUAGGAAGGAACAUUAUGAAAAAAUCAAGGCCGAAGCUACUGGUUUACAGUAUAUGCCCAUAACUGUUAAGUUAGUGGAAAAUUCUUACGAUGAAUCACCUACAACCUUCUCCAUGGAUGACUUCGAAGCUUUGGGAUCUUCUCCUGCAAUUUCGUCAAGCCCUCCAAAUAUAGUUGGGGAGAGGCAAUCCUUCUCAAAUGUUGCUCGUCUGGGAUUUGCAGCCGGGCAUGAUUCUCCUACUUUGAAAACAGACGGCAGUGAUUCGUCUUGCCCAAAUGAAGUUGGAAGGAGGAGCAACAGUGGCGGCUGCGGCAGCAGCAACAGUGGUCCGUCAUUUGCUAGUGUAGCAUCGGCAUCCUCAAGAGGAAAACCGGAGGAGCAUGGUAAUGAGGUGAAUGAUAGUAGUAAUAAUAAGAUGGGGAUGGGUAAGAAGGGAAAGAAGCCCAGUCGAGUUCUCAUGUCAACUUCCGCUGGUCGACGAUAUUAA